CCCCCUCCUCCUCCUCCUCUCUCUCUCCGCUGCAUUGGUCCAUUCUGGUCUCCAUGUUGUGGGCAUGGAGUGCGUCUAGAUCGCGUUCGGCAGGCAUGGAAUACAUCUUUCAGGAACAGGAACGGGCUCUUCUCCUUCUAGGCCGUUUGGUGUUUAACUGUAAACCCCACCGCGAACCUUUUAUGUGCUGAGGGAAUGGCGAGCGCACUAUUUUUGGAAAAACGUGUCCCUGUGAUGAUCAACGCCGCGUGGUUUAUGGCAUACCUUGUCAGUGCCUCCGCUUUAGUCCUAUGCAAGCUAUACUCUAUACAGGGUACUUUUGAAAGGCCCAGCUGCCUAGAAUACAAGAUCCUCAUUGGUCGUGGCUCACGUAAUCCACAUACUAUCGCGUCUUCUCCACUCAAGGAACCAAUCCCUGCUCCUAUUCUUCAGGUCUCACAUAGGUCUAUACAGCUCGUUUUUUUUGGGGGGGGGCGGGAUCAAAUGCAUUGGCACGCUGUGGUAGAAGCAAUAAAUCCAUGAAGACGGAAGUAGUUUCAGAACCACGCUGGAAUAGAUCUCAACACGGGAUGGUAGGGACUGACGAUGUGUUGUCUGUUCAAAGGAUAUUGAUUCUGCAGUGUAUGGCACAGCGUGGUGCCACUAAAAAAAAAGUAUAGUAAUGCCAUCUGCCGAU